UAUUGGCCACAUAUUAUAUACGCAGACAGCUAAGACUAAAAUUACUAUGCACAUAUGCGUAAAAAAAUAAAAGUAAAAAUUGCAAACUUGUUUCUCUACAUAGAUUAAAGAUGCCUACCGAAUCUGCAAUGAAUGGAGGGAUUGGGACUGAAAGCUAUGCGAAGAACUCAAGAUACCAGGGAGGAGCGGUGGAGACAGCGAAAGAAAUUAUAACAGAAGGAAUUAACAAAAAUCUAGACAUCGAAAAGCUCUCCUCAACUUCAGUAGAUACUUUUCGUAUUGCAGAUUUCGGCUGCUCUACAGGGCCUAAUACGUUCAUUGCAAUUCAAACAAUAGUUGAAGCAGUACGGAAAAAGUUCGAAACUGAAUUAUCGGAUUCACGAGUCCCUGAGUUUCAAGUCUUCUUUAAUGACCGAAUCUCCAACGAUUUCAACACUCUUUUUGCUUCGCUUCCACCAGAAAGAAAAUACUACGCGGCUGGUGUACCUGGUUCGUUUUACGAACGCCAGUUCCCGAAGGACUCGCUUCAUUUUGCUCAUUCAUCGUGUACA